GCUGAGAGGCAGGAGAGGGAAAGCAGCGAAGCUGACGGUGCCGGGGAUCCCACCUGGCAAACGGCGGCGAAGCGGAGCGAUUGUCCGUCUGUCCGUCUGGCUGAGGAUGCCGAGGAUCACAUGAAUCCCGUCCUGCCCCCUCCCAGUCCCCGUCCCGCUGCGCUCCUCGCAACUCCUGCGAACUCGCCCAAAGCGGAGGCGCUUCCCGCAGGCAGCCCCUGCCUCUCCUCCAGGAGCUCUGGCAGCCAACAAAACUCUCUUUUCCCCCUUCCCAAAUAAAGUUCCAGCACUCGCAGAGGGGAUUCCCGCAAGAGCAAACGAUGACUGCCCGUAGGAAGAAAGGCUCGUGUUCUUCUCAACUCUGCCUCGCUCUCUGCUCCUUGGGGCUGGCACUGCUGGGGGACGUGUCCCGGGCUGUACCCAUGGACGAUCAGGAUUAUUACCUGCAGGAAAUUACCAACAGGGAUCAUUAUUAUUCCUUUCCAUAUCCCGGCGAAGAGUUUUUUCCUUUCACGGAGCAACCUGGAGAGGGAGGACCCAACCGCGCUGCAGAGACGGAGGAGCGCCCAGGGUUCAAACCCGGCAGGAAAGAGUUAAAACCGAAGAAGAACAACAAAAAAGGAAAACCGAUUCUUGAAACGCCACCAGAUUGCCCUCCACUUGGUCUGGAGACAUUAAAAAUUACUGACUUCCAGCUCCAUGCCUCCACGGCGAAGCGCUACGGCCUGGGGGCCCACAGAGGAAGGCUUAAUAUUCAGGCAGGUGUUAACGAAAAUGAUUUUUAUGAUGGUGCUUGGUGUGCAGGAAGAAACGACCCUUACCAGUGGAUUGAAGUAGAUGCUCGAAGGCUCACAAAAUUCACUGGAGUCAUCACACAAGGAAGGAACUCCCUCUGGUCGAGUAACUGGGUGACCUCUUACAGAGUCUUGGUGAGCAAUGACAGCCACGCAUGGACUGCUGUCAGAAACGAGUCUGGAGAUGUGAUUUUUAAAGGAAACAGUGAGAAGGAGAUCCCAGUCCUCAACAUGCUGCCGGUGCCACUGGUUGCACGUUACAUCCGGAUAAACCCUCGCUCCUGGUUCGAGGAAGGAAGCAUCUGCAUGAGACUGGAAAUCUUAGGCUGCCCUUUGCCAGACCCAAAUAAUUAUUACCACAGAAGAAAUGAAAUGACAACCACGGACAAUCUGGACUUUAAGCAUCACAACUACAAGGAAAUGAGGCAGUUGAUGAAAACUGUGAAUAAAAUGUGCCCAAAUAUCACAAGAAUCUACAAUAUUGGAAAAAGCAACCAAGGACUGAAGCUCUACGCUGUCGAGAUUUCUGACAACCCAGGAGAGCACGAAGUUGGGGAACCAGAGUUUCACUACAUCGCAGGAGCUCACGGGAACGAAGUGCUGGGACGUGAGCUGAUCCUCUUGCUGAUGCAGUUUAUGUGCCAGGAAUACCUGGCUGGGAACCCACGGAUUGUGCACCUCAUUGAGGACACAAGAAUCCACCUCCUGCCCUCGGUCAACCCAGACGGAUAUGACAAGGCAUAUAAAGCGGGUUCAGAAUUAGGGGGCUGGUCUUUAGGACGAUGGACUCAGGACGGCAUUGACAUCAACAACAAUUUCCCUGACUUAAACUCUUUGCUCUGGGAGUCAGAAGAUCAGAAGAAGAGUAAAAGAAAAGUUCCAAACCAUCACAUCCCCAUCCCUGACUGGUACCUGUCCGAAAACGCCACUGUGGCGGUGGAGACGCGGGCAAUCAUAGCGUGGAUGGAGAAAAUCCCUUUCGUGCUGGGUGGCAACCUGCAGGGAGGGGAGCUGGUGGUGGCCUAUCCCUACGACAUGGUGAGGUCCAUGUGGAAAACCCAGGAUUACACCCCCACCCCAGACGACCACGUCUUCCGCUGGCUGGCCUAUUCCUACGCCUCCACCCACCGCCUGAUGACGGAUGCGAGAAGGAGGGCGUGCCACACAGAGGAUUUCCAGAAGGAGGAUGGCACUGUUAACGGAGCCUCCUGGCACACCGUGGCUGGCAGCAUAAAUGACUUCAGUUACCUGCACACGAACUGCUUUGAGCUCUCCAUCUAUGUUGGCUGUGACAAAUAUCCACACGAGAGCGAGCUGCCCGAAGAAUGGGAGAACAACCGCGAGUCCCUGAUUGUUUUCAUGGAGCAGGUCCAUCGUGGCAUCAAAGGCAUAGUAAAAGAUGUGCAUGGAAAGGGAAUCCCAAAUGCUGUUAUCUCAGUAGAAGGUGUCAACCAUGACAUUCGCACAGGAGCCGAUGGCGAUUACUGGCGCCUCCUCAACCCGGGCGAGUACGUGGUGGGCGUGAAGGCCGAGGGCUACACCACGGCCACCAGGACCUGCGAGGUGGGCUACGACAUGGGGGCCACCCAGUGCGACUUCACCAUCUCCAAAACCAACCUGGCGAGGAUCAAGGAGAUCAUGAGGAAGUUCGGGAAGCAGCCCAUCAGCCUGUCGGCGCGCCGGCACCGGCAGCGGGCGCGGCAGUGGCAGCAGCACCGAUAGGCGCCAAUCCCGGCAUCCCUCGGUGCCCACGAGCUCUGCUUCUGCCAGCCUGGCUGUAGUCGUAGUGAGAGUUUCAUAGCCCAUCUCUUCAUGCGUAUUUCUCUGCAAGAGGCCUUUCUGUUAGUGGAGCUGGAUGGACGGUGGGGGUUCUCGUUCUGGCGGUGAAAUCGGGAGCAAAAUCCAAGCUCAACCGAAAAAAAAACCAGCCCUGGGUUGAAGGGAGAGGCAGGAAGAAUGGAGGGAGAUGUUUUGAGUUAACCUGGAGUGAAACGUUUGCCUUGUUGAGUUCUUUGAUUGUAAUCCUUUAUAAAUCUGUUUUCUUUAAAAAGAGGAGAAAGAAGGAUUUAAAAAAAAAAAAAAUGAUACUAAGAUACUUGUAAAGGAGAAGUGUUAUUCUGAAUGAAAAAUUGAAAAAUGUUGUAUCUAAAGUAUAAAAUUGAUAUAUUUUUGCAAUUCUAAAGAAGUUUGACACUCCUUAUGUUUUAUUCUCAUACGGGAGGAAAGCUGAGAGGGGACAACUUAUGUUUAAUGUGGUUAAAACACAUGCCAUAAUUUCAUCCCCUUUUCCUGAAAGUCUCUCUUUUGACAAGCACCAUAACAUUCAGAAAAAAAACCCUGCAGUGAAUAACCCACCUUUGCUUUCCUGCUUGGGUUGUUUAUAUUUCAGGAUGUAGUGUAAUUCCAGAGUUUAAUGCCAGGGGUGUUUUCUUCUCUGGCUUUCUAAGGCUGCAUUUUUACUCCAGGAACUAAACCUAAUGAAAAGAUCAUGGGAUAAGGACCACUUUGGUGUUGUGGUGCUGCAGCCCCUUCUCUAACAUGGGAUAAGGACUUGAACAAAGCUUUUCCUGAGGAACAGCCAGUUGUGUCAUGUGUAUGAGAGGAGAGUCUUAGCCACUGAUAGGUGCUUAGUUCAUAAAUUAUUGAUUUCUGGCCUGACUUUAAGUGCCUUUUGUGCUCAUGCACAUCUCAUGCCACUGUCUUUUGCGACAUACAGGGGAUUUUGGGCUCCUCUGCGUGACCUGCUCGUCCUGCUUCUGCAGCUGCUGCCUCUGUGGGGACAGGAUUUGUGCUUUUUUCACAGGCUUCUAAGUAACAAAAUUGUACAGCAGGAUAGGAUUGAGGAAAGAUGCAGACCUGUAUCUAGAGAGAGUGAACUAAAUAAACACUGGACAGAGUGUCAGCGGAUGAAAAUGUAACUUUGCUCUGUUAGCUUCAAUGCUAUGACCUUAAUUAUACCAAAAAAAAAAAAAAAAAAGGGUCAGCUGCAUGAUUUUAGCCAGCUAAAAGUCUGUGGCUAAACAAACAUCUUGUAAUAUGCUUGGUAGAAAGACUGCAGCAUACACUUCCAAAUACAGUUCUGUUUUAAACAUUUUAAUUGCUCUUACUGUUUUUGCCUGUUUGAUAUGACUCUUGGAACAGACAUUCCCCAAAGUACCGUUCAAAGCUGAGGAAAAAAUAAAGUGCCAGUAGGAAACUUACUGUAAAAGUAUCAUGUGCCAUCUGUAUUAAAUCUUUUGUUUUUCUUGUCCAGGAAUGUUGGAAGCACAUAAAAGGCA